AUGAACGCCGGCUUCCCGGGCUCGUCGCCGGCGACGCUGUACGUGGGGGACCUUCACCCGGACGUGACGGAGGCCAUGCUGUACGAGAAGUUCAUCUCGGCCGGGCCCAUCCUGUCCAUCCGCGUGUACCGCGACCGGGCGAGCCGGCGCUCGCUGGGCUACGCGUCGGUGAACUUCCAGCGCGCCGAGGACGCCGAGCGGGCCCUGGACACCAUGAACUUCGACGUGAUGAAGGGCCGCCCGGUGCGCAUCAUGUGGUCGCAGCGCGACCCUUCGCUGCGGCGCAGCGGCGUGGGCAACAUCUUCAUCAAGAACCUGGACCGCGCCAUCGACAGCAAGGCGCUCUACGACACCUUCUCGGCCUUCGGCAGCAUCCUGUCGUGCAAGGUGGCCUGCGACGAGAACGGCUCCAAGGGCUACGGCUUCGUGCACUUCGAGACGCAGGAGGAGUCGGAGCGCGCCAUCGACAAGAUGAACGGCAUGUUCCUGAACGACCGCCAGGUCUUCGUGGGCCGCUUCAAGUCGCGCCGCGACCGCGAGGCCGAGCUGGGCGCCCGGGCCCGGGCCAGGGCGGGCGGCGGCGGCGGCGGCGGCGGCGGGGGCGCCUUCACCAACGUCUACAUCAAGAACCUGGCCGAGGACGUGGACGACGAGCGGCUCAAGGACCUGUUCGGCAGGUUCGGGCCCGUGCUCAGCGUGAAGGUGAUGACCGACGAGCGCGGCCAGUCCAAGGGCUUCGGCUUCGCCAGCUUCUCCAGGCCCCGGGACGCGCAGAAGGCCGUGCAGGAGAUGAACGGCCAGGAGCUGGGCGGCAAGCACAUCUACGUGGGCCGGGCGCAGAACAAAGUGGAAAGGCAGAUGGAGCUCAAGCACAAGUUUGGGCGCAUGAAGCAAGACGCGCACACGCCCAAGGGCGACGGGAAAACCAGGUACCAGGGGGUGAACCUCUACGUGAAGAAUCUGGACGACAGCAUCGAUGACAACCGUCUGCGCAAGGAGUUUUCUCCCUUUGGCACCAUCACCAGCGCCAAGGUGACCAUGGAGGGUGGUCGCAGCAAAGGGUUUGGUUUUGUCUGCUUCUCCACCCCGGAUGAAGCCACUAAGGCAGUCACGGAAAUGAACGGGAGAAUCGUGGCCACCAAGCCACUCUACGUAGCUUUAGCUCAGCGCAAGGAAGAUCGCCAGACCCACCUGAAUAACCAAUACGUGCAGAGGAUGGCAAGUGCCCGGGCUGUGCCCAACCCUGCGGCCAGACCCUGCCAGUCGACGUCUUCCUCGGGUUACUUCCCCGCGGCGACCGUGUCACAGACUCAAAACCGGGCUGCGUACUAUUCUCCCAGCCAAGCUGCUCAGCCGAGACCAAGUCAUCGCUGGAGUGCUCAGAGUGCCAAACCUAGUCCAUUUCGAAGUACGCCUGACGCUGGCCACCCAGCAACCCCCAGACCACCGUUCAGCGCUGCCAGGCCAACCCCUUCGCAGGUGAACCCAGGCUCCUCGGCGCAGCAUGUUGCUAACUCCUCCUCCCAGAUCACCGCUCCACGUUCUGCAGCUGCCACCUCUGGCCGCCCCGUUCCACAGUACGAAUACGCGGCCGGAGUACGCAACCCCCCGCAGCGUCCUAACAUACAGCCGCACGCUGUCGUGCGCCAGCCCGCUGUCCAGGAUGAGGAACUCCUCACUGCCUCCCUUUUGGCAUCUGCCACCCCAGAAGAGCAAAAGCAAAUGCUGGGUGAAUGGCUGUUUUCCCUCAUUCAAACCAUGCACCCUACUCUUGCUGGGAAGAUCACAGGCAUGCUGUUGGAGAUUGGCAGCUCGGAGUUGCGCCACGUGCUCCAGUCUCCAGAGUGCCUUCGCACUAAGGUCGAGGAGGCGAUAGCCGUGCUGCAAGCCUACCAAGCAAAAGAGGCCGCCCGGAAGGCCUUCGGCAGCGCCGCUGGCGUUCCAACGGUCUAAAGCUCAUCAGU